AUGGCUGAAACUGAUAAUAACAAUGCUCUAAUAGGCUUGAAAGAAGCCCAAGAAGCUGUUGACCUUUUCUCCAGUAUAGAGUUUGCUGUCCAAAUAGAUAUUACGCUUGGUUUCAUCCAAAAAAGUAGUGCUAUGAGAAUGUUCCAAACACUUGAAGGGAUAUUAUCUAACAAGACAAAAAAGUAUACUAAAGAUUUUUAUAACAAAUAUGAGAAUGUAAGAAUGAAACUUGGCAUAGACAAUGAAAAUAAAUAUAUGCCUUUCCUUUACAGUAUGAUGGUUUUCAAAAAAAUGAUAGGAGGUAUUAUAAACAACCUUUUUGGAACCUUAGAAAAAACAUCACAACCAAAAUACAAACAAAUAUUUGCCACCAAUAAGAAACCUGAUAUUCUGGCUGUACCUGCUACUAAUUUAGAAAUUAUGGAUACUACUAGAACUCCUAAUGAGUCGAGUUGA